AUGGGAGCAACAGUUUCCAGACCUGAGAUUCCAGAGAGCCUGACGACGCGACUGCAAAAAAGGCGUUUCAUCCGCCGCGCCAUCGAUGCCCACGGCUUUCGAUGGCUGGUGUAUGCCGUUGCAGCGAGCGGUUUCCUAACUGAUUCAUGGAAUUUGUUCGCCACCAACGCUAUCCUGCCCUCGCUGGCAUUUGUGUACUGGCCAGAAGAGACGAGCGGAUGGCGCGAGUCCCUCAUCAACUGCAUGACCCUGGGCGGCUCAGCUGUUGGCCAGCUGUUGUUUGGUUACCUUGCCGACAAAUACGGGCGGACCCGACUGUACGGUAUUGAACUAGUCAUCGUCUUGUUCACAACCAUUGCUUUAUCUGCAUCCUCGACUGGCGUAAACGGCUCCAUUGCUGUCUUGCCUUGGAUUGCUUCAAUGCGUUUCUUGAUGGGUGUGGGCAUUGGCGCCGAGUAUCCCCUGUCAGCUUCCAUAUGUACCGAGUGGGCUUCAACAAGUGCCAGGGCCAAGAUGAUGGUCGCUGUUUUUCUCAUGCAGCCCCUUGGACAACUCAUAUCCCAGCUUGUGGCAUAUGGCGUCCUGCUAGGCUACAACAAGACAUACAACCUCCAGUCCUGCCGUGCGCCCAGCGAGGGCGAUUGUGGCAAGAUUGUUGACAUGAUAUGGCGCUGGGUGGCCGGUGUUGGUGCUAUCCCCGCCCUAAUCGCCAUCAUUUUCCGUUUCCAGAUCAACGACCCGGGUCUCUAUGACCUCGAUGUGAAGGACGAGGGCACGCGGGCUGUGCAGAACACGAUGACGCUUUAUGGCUAUCGCCGAAUGUCAACACAGAUACCGGACUCUGAGAACGAUGGGGAGUCGAUCGAAAUGAGCGGCGAUAUCAUGCAUGACGGGCACCAUAUGAACGGCGCCGCUGUCCACCACGAACCAGAAGAGGAACUACCAGAGCAAUUUUCGAGGAAGGACCUCAAAGAUUACUUUAUCACCCAGGGAAACUGGCGCAGUCUGGCUGGGACAUCCAUGUGCUGGCUUCUCCUAGACAUAGCAUUCUAUGGUCUCGGCUUGAGCAACCCAGGUUCCCUCGCAAAACUCUGGGCCUACGUGCCAGAAGGCACGACUCUCACCGACGUUCCAAGCUGGAAUCCCAACGCCGCGAAACCUCAGUCCAGCAUUUUUGAAGCCCUGCGAGACAACGCAAUCCAGAACCUCGUUACCGUGUGCGUGGGGUCCAUGACCGGGUGCCUGCUACUACUCCUCAUCAUCGACUACAUACCGCGCAAAGAGUUCCUGACAUACUCCUUCGUCUGGAUGGCGGUGCUCUUCUUCAUCUGCGGCGGCUCCUUCUUCUCCGUCUUCCACAAUGACUUCCACGCCGUCAGCAUCGUACUCGUCGCACUGUGCUACUUUUCCUUCAACCUAGGCCCCAACACGCUCACGUUUGUCAUCCCCGCCGAAAUUUUCCCGACCCGGUACCGGGCUACAUGCCAUGGCAUUGCGGCCGCGGCUGGGAAACUCGGCUCCGUCCUCGUCCAGUCGACUUUGCCUUCGUGGACCGUUAACGGCGUCCACGUGUCGGACCCGAAUAGUAACGGCCUCGGCUGGGUGUUUAUUACCUACGGUUUUGUCAUGGCGCUGGGGGCUGUCUCCUCUUGGGCAUGGAUCCCGAGUCUGCAGGAGCACCAUCGCGUCGGUGGAGGCGCUGAUGCCCCGGCUACGGCGACGGUGUUGCGUACUAGGGGACCCCCGAGCUUGCGACUGCCGAGCAAGACGCUUGAAAUUCUUGGGAAGGGUAUUGUCCAGGCUAGAAAUGAUGGCGAGCUGAUUGGUAUGAGGGACAAUUUCGUGCACUUGUGGAGCAGGUUGUGGAAGAAAUCCCGGAGAGAUUGA